AUGUUGAAUAAAGAUGACGAUAUAACAAUAAUAUGGUUUGAUGAUAAAAUUGAUCAAGAAAUAAAUGAUACAUUAGAACAAUUACAUGAUCACAUUAUAAUUUGUUUUACAAUCUCUGAAUUAAUUAAUUUUAUAGAUAAUAUUCAAAAUGAAAAAAUUAUUUUAAUUAUAUCGGGUAAAUAUUCUCGUCAAACAUUAACUUUAGUACAUAAUAAUGAUAAAAUUGAUUCAAUUUAUAUAUUUUGUUUAAAUGAUCAAUUUUAUAAAGAUUUAAUUGAUAAUAAACAAUAUUCAAAAUUAAUUGGUAUUUAUACACAAUAUGAUCAAUUAUUUACUAUUUUAGAAAAACAAAUCCAUUUAUUAUUAAAACAUUUAUCAAUAUUUAAUUUAUUUGAUCAAAUUGAUAAACCAAUACGUGAUUUAGAACAAGAAUCUAUUAAUUAUUUAUGGUAUCAAUUGCUUCGUGAUACAUUGAUGACAAUGGAAACACAAACAGAACAAUCCAAACAAGAAAUGAUUGAUUAUUGUCGAUUAUAUUUUCAUUCAAAUUCUACUUAUUUAAAACAGAUUGAUGAAUUUCAACAAACAUAUCGAUCAUCUGACGCUAUACGAUGGUAUACUAAAGAUUGUUUUUUAUUUCGAUUUGUUAAUAAAGCAUUAAGAACAGAAAAUAUUGAAUCAUUAUUUCAAUUAAGAUAUUUUAUUAAAGAUCUUUGUAAAAAUUUAAAAUUAUUAUUUGAUGAAAAUUUUCAACUUUAUCAAGAAUCAUUGGAUACAAUUACAUUUUAUCGUGGUUUAACAUUAUCAGAUAAAGAUAUUAAUCAAUUAAAACAAUCAAUUAAAAAAUAUAUAUCAACAAAUGGAUUUUUAUCAACAAGUUUUUAUCGUAAUAUAGCAGAAACAUUUAGUAAAAAUGUCAUAUUUGAAAUUCAAAUUGAUACAAAAUUAAAUAAUAUUAUUUAUGCUGAUAUAUCAAAAAUGAGUUAUAAUAUAGAUGAAGAAGAAGUUUUAUUUGAUAUUGGUGCUAUAUUUCAAAUUAUUGAUGUAAAAAUGAAUAAUGAUAAAUGUAUUGUAUCAAUGAUUGGUAUAAAUAAUAAUAUUGAAUAUUUAAAAAAUGAUUAUUUUCAACUAGAACAAAAAUAUUUACAAGAAAAUAUGAUAGAUAAUAUUUUGUCGAAUAUAAAUGCAAAUUCAUUUUUUGGUGAAUUUUUAUUGACAAUGGGUUAUACAAAUAAAGCAAUUGAUUAUUUUGAAAAUUUAUUAAAACAACUUUCGAAUAGUAUAUUCAAUGAAUAUGAAAUAUAUAUUAUUACGGGAAAUCUUGCUGAUGCUUAUAUUUCUAAUAAACAAUAUAAUUUAGCAUUAAAAUAUGCAUUAGAUUCAUAUAAUAUAUGUAAAAAUUUUAAAUUUAAUUAUUCAGUGUCAAUAUCUGCCAGUCUAUUAAGACGAUUUUAUCUUAACAUCAUCAUCAUUGCCUAUAGUAUUUGCAUUGUUAAUCAUUAA